UAUUUCCGGAAGUAACUUGCUGUGGGUGUCAGGUUUUCCGAGAGAGGGAUCAAAUCUCACAUAUUUAGCGGUGUGUCCUCGUCCACGCCACAGGAUGACACAUUGGUUCCACAGGAAUCCCCUGAAGGCUACUGCGCCUGUUUCCUUUCAUUUCUAUGGAGUGGCUGGGAGCCCUGCUGCCAAUAAGAUAUGCAAUGACCUGAGGACAACCAGGGCUAGACUGCUGGAUAUGUUCACAGACAUCACCUGUAAACCUGAGGUCAUGAAAAAUGCUACAGAUGCAUACUUUUCUCUGUUACAAGGCUUCAUCGUGCCCUUGGAUGGAACCACACAGGAGAACAAGAUGAGGUUCAUCCAGAACUUCAAGUGGACUGACACCUUACAAGGAAACACGCCGAGCGCCCAGCAGGAUGCAGUCUUUGAACUGGUCUCUAUGGCCUUUAACGUAGCCAUCUGGUACACAAAGUUUGCCUCCAGAUUAGCGGGAAAGGAAAACAUAACAGAGCCGGACGCAAAAGAUGUUCACCGGAGCCUGAAGGUUGCUGCAGGCUUAUUUAAAAAUCUCAAGGAGGUCCACAUCCCUCGGCUCAUUACUCCUGCCGAAAAGGGCAGAGACCUGGAGCCCAGAGUGACUGAUACUUACAUCAUCCAGUGCCAAGCGGAGGCACAAGAAGUGACGAUUGCCCGCGCAAUCGAGCUGAAGCACAAUGCGACAAUCAUUGCUGCUUUGUCUUUUGAGACGUCAAACUUCUAUCAAAAAGCAGACCACACAUUGAACACUUUGGACCCAGAGUACAGCAGCAAGUGGAGGAAGUAUCUUCAGCUGAAGCAGCAUUUUUACAUGGCAUAUGCAUACUGCUAUCACGGCCAGACGCUGCUGGCGAGCGAUAAGUGCGGCGAGGCUAUAAGAUCUCUCCAGGAAGCAGAAAAGUGUUACGCCCGCGCCGAGGAGCUGUGUAAAGAGUAUCGUCAGACCAAAGGCCCCGGCACCACGGCCAAACCGUCAGAACAGCUCUUCUUCCUGAAGCUGGGCGCCCUGAUUAAGAACACGCUGGAGAAGUGCCAGAGAGAAAAUGGCUUCAUAUACUUCCAUAAGGUUCCUGCUGAAGCUCCGCUGCUGGAGCUGAAGGCGAGUUACGGCCUGGCUGAGCCCGUCUCCUUUGAGCUGCCGCCGCUCAGCGACCAGUGCACUCCUGAAGUUUACGCCACCUUUGACCUCACCAAAGGAGCCAAAAGUGACAAGGGUAAACCGAAGGACCAGGAAGUGAAGCUGAUGAAGGAACCAGAUCUGAAGCCUCAGAAGGACACAGGCUGUGCCAUCUCCUAAACUGUCCAUUCUUCAGUCCCGCUGAUUAUCAAAACAACAUCCAUUUGAUUUCCAUAGGAAAUAUUUAAGCUGAGACGUGUGUUCGUAUAAUGUAUGUGGGUGGUGAUACAACCUGUACUAUCUAAAGUAGAGCCAGAGUUUAAAAAUAAUAAGAAUGUAUGGCCAUAUCCUUUAAAGAGCUCACAUAUAUCGUGCUUUACUGCAGAGUUAAAGUCAACACUUUAAAGGUGUAAAGUAUUACUUUAAAUUAUGUCUUCACAUUAAGUAAUUCCACGUGUUAUGGAAAGAUUUUAAGGUGGAACUCUUCUAAUAGUGCUGCAUUUGACUGUUGGACUCUGACAGAAUUUUUUUGUUGUUGUUUUUAAUAACAAUCUUUACCACAAUGAUAAAUCUGUUUACACUGAGCGGAUGUUCCGUUUCAGAAAUUGGCCUUGUGUUGCAGUAGUGAGAGUAGUCGAAGGUAGUCAACAAUUUGAAUGCAUAUUUAGGGAUUUGAUCCAGAUCGCUUCACUCCUGAUUAUAAUUAACAGGUAAAAAUCAACGUUAGACAUCCGCUAAACAAAAGUGCAUGGAUUAUUGUUGAUUUUGUUUGUUUUAGUUGUAGCAUUUUAUUAUAUCUGUAUUGUACAAUCACAUGAUGUGUCUGUUGUAGUUGUUUGUGUAGCUGAAGUAGCCAUUUUCUACUUUUGCUAUCCAUUUAAUUACCGAAUAACACUAAAUCACGUUAACGUGAUGCCAUCUCUAUGGGAAAUUUUAUAAGAUUUCCCUGACAGUCAGCCUGCUUAAUGUAUUAUUCACAAGUUUAUUUAUACAUAAAAAAAAAAAAAACUUAUCAGUGUAUGGUGACUUUUGGGCGAUGUUUCUUAUCUUUCAGCACAACAUUUUCCACACACACAACACUCACUUCUGUUUAAUGAUUUUACUGCACGUUUGCAUGUAAAAACAACUGUCAUAAAUGGCUUUUGCUAAUCUAUGAGUGAACUCUGGCUUUUGGGAAGAAGAUAAUCUUAACUCUGCUGUCUUGUUUAUAUCAUAUAUUAACAACUUUGCACUUUAUACUCCAUUGUGCAGGAAUUGCACCCUUGUAUUCUGAUUUGAUUUAAAGUCAGACGGGUGACUGAAAUGUUGCAGACCAAUCAGACCAAUGUCUCAUGUCACAUGUUUAUAGGAGCUUCAUCAUUAUUCCCAACGUAAUGUUCUUCAUGUAAAAUGUAUUUCAAAUGAAAGUUAAUCAUUCAUUAAACAUUAGUAUUUUAUGUUUCGUAUUUC